AAUGACUUGGUUAAUGUCACUUAGUUCAUUAGUAGUAAAGCUGGAAUUUGAAUCCAGGUUGGCUGAUUCCAGAUGUGGUAACUAAACUAUGCCAUAUUGCUUUGGAGGCAUUGUCUGAUUUCUGGAUCCCAACCAUCUUUGGUCUGGCUUUGCCCAUGGCCAAGUGAAUCCUUGCACUUUGCCAAGUUUUUGAUUUUUUGAUUUGUAAAAUAAGUGGGACUGAUCUAGAGGGUCUUGAAACUCCCUUCUAACACUAAUGAAGUACAUACAACUUUUCAGGAACCUACACAUUCUGAAAAAUUAGAUUUACCUAUAACCAGCAAAUCAGUUGCCUCCAUUCAGCAUUCUACUUAACUAAGAGAAAGAAAAACACUCUUAAAGGCUGGGUCCACAUAGACAGUACCAAUCUCUUUUAAUUAAAUUGAAUGACAUUAUAAUAAAGUGGAAUAUAUAUUACAACAGAAAUCUGAAGGUCAAUUCUGCUAACUGUUAACUCAGGCAAAUCACUUCACCUGGCUUGUCUUAUUUCCUUAUAUUUCUUCAUCUGUAAAAUGAGAGAGCCUUUUGGAAAGAAUUUCCCAAAUUUCUCUCUAAAGAGCUCUAAAAUUUCAUGAUCUCUAAGUAGUCAAGUCAAAAUAUUUGACCCAGUUGCAAUCUCAAUACUCAGAGAAGCAAAACAAAAUGCCCCUUUAAAUCAACUUUGUAAUUCAUUAAUUAAAAAUAAUAUAAGAAGGAAAGAUUAAAACAUAUUCAUUCAAGUCUGGAGGUCUAUGUGACUUUAUGCCUGACAAAUGGGUGCCUUUACAAUACUUUCAUAGCUUCUAAUAGGUAUGUAAUUUUACGUAAUUGUUCCUGCUAAGUACGUGCUAAGGCUAGUUGUUAUUUUUUGUGUCUCUAGUAUGCUGGACCCUGAAUAAGAAAGAUUUGAGUUCAAAAAUAGCCUAUUUUUUGAAAUUUACUAGCUAUGUGCUCCUGGAAAAGUCACUUAACCUUGUUUGUCUCAGUUUCCUCAUCUGUAAAAUGGUCCAGAAAAGGAAAUGACAAACCACUCUAGUAUCUUUGCCAAGAAAACUCCAAAUAGGGUCACAAAGGGUCAGACACAGCUGAAACAACUGGACAAAAAUGAAAAAUUCCAGUGCUUUGAAAAAAAUCCGUAGUCCUCAUCUAAUAGUUAUGGUUCUGGAUAUCUAGAACUAGAGAUAGCUUAAUAAACCACUAAUAAUACCCUAGAUAACUCUGCCUUAGGACACUGUUAAAGUAUGGACCAAGCUGACACAAAUGCUCAAAGUUUGAUCAUUGUUUCAUAAUCUUCAAAGAAACAUUUUAUAGCCCAUGAAUUCCCCUCCUUUCCCCCACUUCCACUAGUGUUACUAACAACUUUAAGAAUUUGCCCGGAAUUGGAAUAAAGUUUUAGCUUUUACAAUCUUUCACUUUCAAGAGAUUAUAAAGAUUAAAAUUAUUCUGUUCAAAACAUUAUGUUACUGUUUAGUGAAAAGUACUAUCUGUGAACCCAAGGCUUAUUAGAGACAAAAUUACAAAGUAUUUGCAUUGACUGUCAAGAAGAGACCAAGAAUUUAAAAGAUAAAGAUGAGAGCUCUUUUUGCUCUUGAAGGUAAUUUCAGACAUCCAGCCAAUGAGCAUUUGUUGAGCACUUACUCUAUGCUAGACACGAUCCUUAGAACUGGAGAUGCAAAAAAAAAAAAAGAAAAAAGAAAACAGGCAGAAACAUAGCCUCAAGGGGUUUAAUCAAAUGGGAUAGACAUAUGCAAGCAAUUAUGAACUUGCAAAUUAUAUAUAGUAUAAAUGGGAGAUGAUCUGAGGUUGGGUAGAAAGGAGUAGUAGAAAGAGAGGGACCAGGAAAAGCCUUUUGUUUCCUUAGAAACCUAUGAAAGAUUUUCCCCUAAAAUAAUUCCUCCUCUAGAGAACCAAGUCUGGAGAUGGGAAGUCCUGAGUUUAAAUCUGGUUUCAAACACUUCCUAGCUCUGGGACUCUAAGCAUGUCUUUUAACACCAAUUGACUUUCCCUUCUGCAUUGGAACCAAUAAUUAGUAUCAAUUCUAAGACAGAAGGAAAAGGUUUAAAAAUGAUAAUAAAAUAAAAUUAUUCCUCCUCACAGAAGAAUGGGAAAUGUUCCUGGUCCAGGGGAGGUAAUACAUGAUGGAGGCAGUAGCCAGAAGUGCCUAUGGGCUUCCAUGAAUUAGUAGAGAUGACAUAAGCAUUAGUUUUCAUACCAGGUCAAAAGAGAAAUAAGAAAAAGAGUUACACUUAAAAAAGCUACUCUCUUUACCCUCACUAACCUGAUCAUAAAUUGAGUUAAAGACUAAAGCUAUUAUUUUAUGUUAGUCAACAUCUGCUAAUGAAUAAUUAGUUCCUCCAUUAAGUGGAAAGAACCUAAAUUUGUGGUUAGAGGACUUGAGCUCAAAUCCUGAUUCUACUUCUUAUUCCCUGUUGGCAAUAAUAGCUGAUAUUUACAUGCUACUUUAUUUAAGUCAUCUCUUUUGAACCUCACAAAAACUCUGUGAAUUGGGCACUAUAGUUAUUAUUGUUAAUUAAUAUUUAAACCCUUACUUUCUAACUUAGAAUCAUUACUGUGUAUCCCUUCCAAGGCAGAAGAGAGGUAAGGGCUAGGAAAUGGAGGUCAAGUGACUUGCCUAGGGUCACACAGCUAGGCAGUAUCUAAGGCCACUGUAGGUAUUAUUAUGAACUUUUUAUAGAUGAGGAGACUGAGGCUCAAAAAUGUUAAUCAACUUGCCAUGGCCAUACAAUGUUAAUAAUAAUAUUUAAGUCCCAUUCUCUCUUGACUCCAAAUCCAGUAUUCUUUUCAGGCUAUCUCAGUCUCUUUGGACCUCAGUUUCCUCACCUGUCUCUGAGGUCCCUUCCAACAUUGAAACCUUUAGUUCCAUGAUCCCCAUAGCACAUUUUUCUAGGAAUGACUGAAACAGAUGCUGACAAGUCGUCUCUGAAAGGAAAAUCUUCCUUGGAAAUCUAAAGCAUAAGAUCCAAAAUGGAAACUGCGAGCACAGUGAACGUGGUCAUUUCAAACCAAGGUAAACCGAAGUAGAGCGGAGGCUUCUGGAAAGCACAAUUUAUAGACUAUUUUUAAAAACAGGAGAUUUCAGUUUUGCCCAACUGGCCACAAGGUGGAGACCUGUGAUAAAGAUUGGUUUCGGCACUUGCACUCCGUUGGAAUAUAGGUCACUCCCAAGUCCUUUACAAAUGUGAGUUGUUCUUCUCUUCUUCGUCCUCACCAGCCCUCUCACCAUCACCAUCACCAUCUUCCUUCAUCCUCCUCUCGCUCCUGCUCCUGCUCCUGCCGCUGCUGCUUCUUCCUCCAUUCCCUGAGAGCCGACCAUUCGAGUGCCUCUUUUGUGAAGCGGCGGCUGAGGAGAUUCCAGGACCCGCCAUGGCCGACGAGAAGCCGAAGGAAGGAGUCAAGACUAAAAACAACGACCACAUUAAUCUGAAGGUGGCAGGGCAGGAUGGCUCAGUGGUACAGUUUAAGAUCAAGAGGCACACACCAUUCAGUAAACUGAUGAAAGCCUAUUGUGAACGGCAGGGUUUGUCCAUGAGGCAGAUCCGAUUCCGAUUCGAUGGGCAGCCAAUCAAUGAAACAGAUACACCCGCACAGUUGGAAAUGGAGGACGAAGAUACAAUCGAUGUAUUCCAGCAGCAGACGGGAGGCAUUUACUAAAAGGAGAACCUGCAAGCUGCUCCAGAACUGUGCUCCCAAGGAAAACAGUACAUUCCCAGUUAGAAAACCAAAAUUUGGUUCCUCCACAUUCUGACGACUGCAGUCCAGUUUUCUCUCAUCUUUGAUUCCCUUCCCCCAUUCUUUCUUGUACAUGAAGUAACUGGUGUAUGUGCACAGGCAUAAAUGCGUUGUUUUUUUUUAACUAGAUGGCCGAUGGUAUGUUUUUAAUCAAUACGAUAUAGAGAUGGGGAGGGGGGAAAAACAAACUACUUCUGUGAAAAUAUCCCCUUUUCCAACUUUUAUCUAAGUUAUUUUGGUCUCACUGUUUAAAAAAUAACAGAAACAAAAACAAAAA